GCCAUGUAUGCGCUCGUCCCAUGUGAAAGUAGUCUUCCAAACUACUUGGUGGGGUACAUUGCGGAGGCAGUCAUGCUGGCAGACGAACAGAGUAAACUAAAGUAUGCCGAACAGCUCAACGUUUCUUGAACCCUGACUUUCAAACAUCUCUCUCACCCUACUCUCAACUGAAAGAGAAACGAAUUUGAAAAUGCCACACGUAACAACCACCGAAGACCCUCAAACCAUCCCCUCAAACGUCAAGCUCUUCGUAAACGACGGCCCUCUCCUCAACCCAGGACGACUUCGUCCGUCAUCCACCUCUCUCCCCAUCGAAGAGCUUCGAACCCGCUACACCACAGACGGCUACCUCUUUCUCAAAAACCUCAUCCCUCGCCCCGAUGUUCUCAAAGCUCGAGAACAAUACUUCACCUACCUCUCACCCACUGGCGUCCUCUCCCCCUCCACCUCCCCCGUAGAAGGAAUCUACGACAUCACCAAGCCCAUCUCUCAAUACCCCGGCAUCGGCGCCGGCGCCACAGGAGCCAACGGACACCCAGGCGAACACGCAGCCGAAUUCGUCGACUUAGCGCUCAAAGCCCACGCUGAGCCAUGGUACACGGAUUUCUGCCAACAUCCCGCGCUCCUCGACUUCGUGAAGCGGUUUACGGGGUGGGAGGAGGAUACGGUGGCGUUCCGGAGGACGUUGUUGAGGAAUAAUAUUCCGGGGACGAAGGCGAUUGGGGUGCAUUAUGAUCAGAUAUUUUUGAGGUAUGGGGAGGAUACUAGUGUGACGGCUUGGGUGCCGAUGGGUGAUAUCUCGUUGCUGGGUGGUGGGUUAAUAUAUUUGGAAGAUGGCGUGGCAUUGGGAAAGUCCUUUGAAGAAGACUUCUCGAUGAAAGCUAAGGCGAGCGGGUUGACGGACGAAGAAGCUAAGUCAGCUUUCAAUCAGAAUAUGAUGAAUACUGGUCUCCUUGAUGAUGGACCGGCACGGUUCGGAAGAACUCAUGAUCGGCGAUGGCUCGUGAGUGAGUAUGAAGCUGGAGAUGUUGUAUUGCAUAGCCCUUAUACGAUUCACGCUUCCACUGUCAACCAUGAUCCGGAUCAUGUGAUACGUCUGGCGACCGAUUUACGAUUCGUGGACUCAUCCAAGCCUUGGGAUACGCGGUGGUCGAAGCUAUAUACGCUCAAUGACGGUGUUUAGACGGAGCUGUUCAUACGCUUCCUUCCGCUGUCGUGGCAGCUCUCUCUUCACAAGUGAAUCCAGUCACCUAGACAUGAGAUGAGUUUUAGGAAUGUAUUGAGGAUGAAAUCAUCCCAAGAAAUAUAU